AUGGGCUACGAGAAGAAGAGGAAACGAGAUGAAGCGACGGAGGCCACAGUUAUUGUAAAGGACAAUGAUAACUCUGGCGAAGAUAUUUCCCUGAAGAGAGAGCAGUCGGCCGCUUCUUCACGGUCCAGCAGUGUACCUCGCUCAAAGGCCUCAUCAGUAACCACACUUCCAUGGCCCGACGAAUUUAAAACACUGGGUAGGGUCCAUCGAGCGUUGAACUUGGUAUAUACAUUCUGCUGCACUCGUCAGCAUUACACGACAAAAUUCGGGAAGAUAAAGAGCUCGGUUGAAUCACAAAACGGCGGUCGGGAGCUUACCGUCGAGGAUGUGGCCAAAGUGAAGUUCCUCAUCCCACAAUCUGUGAGAUUUGAACUCGCAGACACCGGUGUGAUCGAUGUCAUGGGAGUCCAGGAUGCUAGGCAACAGAGGGUAGAUGAGGUGUGGAACGACUGGGAAGUAGAGGGGAUGGGUGCAGAGACCGAAUACGAGGGAAACCGGCCUUCCGACACUGAGCUUCUUUUCGAAUUUGUAGAUGGAGACCUCAAGCCUGAGACACCGCCUGGCCUUGGUUUGGGCGGUUAUGAAGACAUUAGAACGCCGGUAUACAGUCAGAAAAAAAUGGUUGAACUGAUCGAGAAGAGAAACAAGAAGUUUUCCACCGCUGUUAAUACAUUUCUCGCCAGUUGUCGGGAUAACGAUGUCGACCCUGUGCAACAUCUGGAGGCUGGAAAAGAUGCAUAUAUGCCCCCAGUCCCUGAUAGUGAACUCAACUCAUCCGCAGAAGCAAAACUUCCAGCACAGAUACCUAAAGAAAGACGAAGUAUAUCAGAAAUCAUCUCAGAAAUCAAAGAACAGAGCUGGUAUAUUGACCAGAUAGUACCAGGCGGAUACCGCACUUUCGAUGCUCAGCAGCCAGUCUAUGGAGAUUUAAAUUUCCUCCUCUCGCAAAAUUUGGUCAAUGCACUUUACAAUACUAGAGGGAUUACUCGAUUUUAUUCCCACCAAGCCAAAGCCAUCAAUGACCUCCACGAGGGCCACAACGUCAUUGUUUCUACAUCCACCAGUUCUGGGAAGUCAUUGAUAUACCAAGUACCUAUGCUUCAUGAACUCGAGAAAAACCCUCACAGCAGGGGGAUGUAUAUUUUUCCCACGAAGGCGCUGGCACAAGAUCAGCGGCGCAGUAUGCUUGACAUGUUACCGUAUAUGGAAGGCAUGGAACAUAUUAUGGUGGAAACAUUUGAUGGCGACACACCAAUGGCAAAUCGAAAUGCAAUUCGCGACGAGGCAAGGAUUAUCUUUACCAAUCCUGAUAUAUUACAUCUCACCAUUCUACCUCACGAAUCGUUGUGGAGGGUGUUCUUAAAAAACCUUAAAUAUGUUGUCGUUGACGAACUUCACGUUUACAAUGGGCUAUUUGGAUCCCAUGUUGCUCUCAUCAUGCGCCGCUUGAGAAGGGUAUGUGCUUCGAUAGGUAAUUCUGAUGUCAAGUUUGUAUCAUGCUCUGCAACUGUGGCAAACCCAGAACAGCAUAUGAAAGCUAUAUUUGGGGUGGAUAAAGUGAAGUUAACGGACAUUGAUGGAUCGCCCUCAGGACGAAAAGAAUACCUUUGCUGGCAGGUACCAUUUAAGGACUCUAACGAUCCUAGUUCUGGGCGCUCAAGCGGCAUUGAAGAGUCGGCUAGAAUAUUUUGCCAACUAAUCCUGCGAGGAGUGCGAGUCAUUGCAUUUUGCCGUAUUCGCAAGCAAUGUGAGUAUUUAUUAAAUGCAGUCAAGAGAGAAUUUCGUACUCUUGACAGGUCAGAUGCCUCUCGUUUUGUGAUGGGCUAUCGAGGAGGUUAUAGCCCACAAGACAGACGAAAGAUUGAGCGUGAAAUGUUUGAGGGGAAGCUGCUUGGGAUUGUGGCAACAAACGCACUGGAGCUUGGCGUUGACAUUGGUUCCUUGGAUGCCGUGAUCACUCAUGAAUUUCCGCAUUCGAUAUCCAAUUUUAGACAGCAAAGUGGGAGGGCGGGAAGGAGGAAUAAAGACUCUCUGUCAAUUUUGGUUGGCGGCCAAAGUGCAGCAGAUCAACAUUAUAUGCGCCACCCUGAUGAACUCUUCACAAAACCAAAUUGCGAGCUACUUAUUGAUCUAGAGAAUGAGCUAGUCCUCGAAGGUCAUAUUCAAUGUGCUGCUUUUGAGAUGCCUAUUCGCCUAGAGAAUGACUCCAUCUAUUUUGGCCCACAGCUGGCAGAACUUGCAGCUACUCGGCUGGUCAAGGAUGAUAUGGGUUUCUACCAUUGUCACGAGAGAUUUAGGCCCAACCCUUCGAAGUGUGUGUCGAUUCGAAGUAUUGAAGAUGGUAACUAUGCCGUCAUAGACACUACUAACAACCGUAAUGUCGUAAUUGAAGAAAUUGAGGAUACCCGUGUUUUCUUUACUAUAUAUGAAGGUGCCAUAUACUUUCAUCAAGGCAACACCUAUCUCGUGAAGGAGCUUAAUACGACUAAAAGAUUUGCAAGAGUGGUUCGCGCACAUGUUGACUGGAUAACUGAACAGCGAGACUUCACUAAUAUUGACCCAAUUGAAACCGAGGCUAUAAGGCGUAUUAGCCGACAAUCCAGCUACAGAGCAUUCUUCGGAAAAAUUGUUAUCCAUACAUUAGUAUACGGAUAUUUCAAAAAGGACAAGAAAGGCCGAAUACUUGAUGCUGUGGCACUCGACACUCCGCCAAUCGACAGGCUGAGCAAAGGCCUAUGGCUAGAUGUACCAAAAACAGCACUAGAUAUCCUUGCAUCCCAUGACCUAAACGCUGCAGCUGCGAUUCACGCAGCAGAGCACGCCGUCAUGUCCCUCCUUCCAACGUUUUUAAUAUCCUCGCCAGAUGACAUCCGAACAGAAUGCAAAGUUGCGAAGAAAGAAUUAGGACCUAAGCAUCGGCAGGCAGCAGCGGCAUUUGACCGUGAUAGAGACCCGAGGACUCGAAAUCAUUUCUUUCAUCCGCUAGCACCUCCUAUCCCCCGUCGUCAGAGACAAGCUCGAAUUAUAUUCUAUGAUGCAAAAGGAGGCCCCUCUGGCUCCGGAAUCACCUCCAAAGCCUUCGAGUUUAUAGAUAGCCUUCUGGUUCGUGCCAAUUCACGCAUUGAUACAUGUGCAUGUACCACUGCGCAAGGUUGCGUGGGGUGUGUUUGUAACGAGAAUUGCCCCGAAACGAACCUUGUUCUAAGCAAGGCCGGUGCUUCCGUGAUAUUGAAAUGCCUUCUUGGUCUAGAAGUGGAUGUUGACUCUUUACCUUGGGGCACAGAAUUGAAUCGAGAUUACCAACCCGGCCCUGAGAGUGAGUUGGCCCAAGGCCUAAGGACUGUAGUCGAAGCCGUUGAAGUUAGUGGAGGAGCUGGGAAAGAAGUAAGAAUUUAUGAGCUCGAUGACUUGUGA